AUGUCGCGAGAUAAGUUCGUAUUGGAAUCCGGCAGAUACCAUCCUAGCUCGUAUAUCAUCUCGAACUGGUCACGCGUAAGUGCAAUGAACGCCUCUCGCCCCAUAACAGCGGCAGUUGGCAAGAACCCACGUUCAAUAGGCACGGGCAAGGUGGGGCGCCUCAAUAGAACGGAAGGAUUGUCGGUCAGUGUCGAGACGAUUUUUUUUCGGCUCUAUACCAAGUCUGGGGGAAAUUCCAGUGCGUUACGUGACGGUCUUACGGCCUCAGUACAUGACUCAAAGGAAAGGAUGCGUACCAUAUCUUCCUCGCAGAUCGCAAAUCUCAUAUUCAAGACAGGCCUCUGGCGCACGACUUCUCGCCUCCAAUCAGAGGCGAAGACCUUUGAAAAACUAAGAGGAAAAGACGGAGACGUGACUAUUCUUCCGUUUGCAGAAUCUACUACACGACUCGGUCUUGGCAUUUUUCCGCCUCGUAUCUUUUCGAUACUAUUCGACACGCUCGUCGCCAGAAAGUGCUGCAUCUAUACCAACAUCGAGGCCGUUAUCUCAACCACAUGAGCAAUACCAUUUCUCUAUCCAGGUCGCGCCGAAACAUUGUGCCUCGGUAGCCGAAUUUCCUGGAGCGGCGGCCUAGCUGACUCCUACUUGUUCUCGUCCUCGUAGCCCGCAAUACCACUGACCAGCUGAAUGCGAGCAGGCUUUUUCGGUUCGGUCCUCGUCUUCCCUUCAUCUGUGUCCUGCUUGUCGG